GAGGCGGGUGGGCGUCAGUGGGCGACAUGGCAUCCAACAACCACACAAGUUCAGGCCAACCGAAGAAAAGAGCGGCAAAAAUUGAACUGAGUGAAACUCAAAAACAAGAAAUUAAAGAGGCCUUUGAUAUAUUCGAUGUCGAUGGGUCUGGAACCAUAGAUGUAAAAGAACUGAAGAUUGCAAUGCAGGCCUUGGGAUUUGAACCAAAGAAAGAAGAAGUUAAAAAACUGAUAGCUGAAAUCGACAAAGGAGGAACUGGCACCAUUAAUUUUGAAGAUUUUUUUGCCAUGAUGAGUGUAAAAAUGAGUGAAAAAGAUGAAAAGAAAGAACUGUUGAAGUCUUUCAAAUUAUUUGAUGAUGAUGAUACUGGAAGCAUAACAUUAAACAACAUCAAGAGGGUUGCUAAGGAACUUGGGGAAAAUUUAACAGAUGACGAACUUCAGGAAAUGUUUGAUGAAGCUGAUCGUGAUAGAGAUGGAGAAAUAAAUGAGGAAGAAUUUUUGAGAAUGAUGCAAAAGACCAGUCUUUAUUAA